AUAACAUCAUUAAUAAACAUCCUUAUAUAUGCAUAUUAACAACCCUUUUCCUUAAUCACAAAAAUGAUUACCACAUAUCCAUUUUUCUUAGUUAUUAUUCUCUUUCUAUUAUUAUUGAUUAGUAUGAAAACGGAAGGAACAUGUUCUUCAGGUUGCAACCUAGCUCUAGCUUCCUAUUCCAUACCUCAAGGAACAGAUCUAACAUACAUAAGCAACCUUUUCAAUCAACAACCCUCAGAAAUUCUUAAACACAACCCAAACCUUAAAAACCCCGAUAUUAUUCUAAGCCAAACAAAAAUCAACGUGCCAUUCACGUGCGAGUGUCUCAACGGUUUGUUCUUAGGACACACUUUCUCGUACGAAACGAAACACGGUGACACAUACAACGCAAUUGUUCAUGUUGAUUAUUCUAACCUUACUACUGAGGAUUGGGUUACCAGAGUCAAUAGUUAUCCACCUACGAAUAUACCGGAUAAUGUUAAGAUCAAUGUUACUGUUAAUUGUUCUUGUGGGGAUAGACACGUGUCGAAGGAUUAUGGGUUGUUUUUGACGUAUCCACUUCGUGUCGGCGAUAGUUUGAAGGGUGUCGCGGCGGAGUAUGGUGUGCCGGUGGAGGUGGUGCAGAGGUAUAAUCCUCAGUCGGAUUUUAGUGCUGGACAUGGUCUCGUGUUUUUGCCGGCAAAAGAUGAAUAUGGAAACUUUCCACCACUGCAGCUAAAAUCAGGAAUGUCAAAAGGAGCCAUUGCUGGCAUAGUUGUUGGAGGAGCUUUUGGGAUUUUACUUCUGGCACUCAUUCUAUAUGUUUUGUUCUAUAGAAGAAAAAAAGUUGCUCAAGGAACACUUCUACCAGUCCCAGGUGCAUCCGAAGAUCAGUAUAGUCAACUCCAACAUGGUUGUGGAAGCAGCUUGGAUAAGGCAUCAGAAUCAACUACCGUUGCUUCGCCGAGGUUGACAGGUAUUACUGUUGAUAAGUCAGUGGAGUUUUCAUAUGAGGAGUUAGCCAGAGCUACUGACGGUUUUAGCGCGGCGAAUAUAAUUGGUCGAGGUGGCUUUGGAUCUGUUUACUAUGCCGAGCUUCGAAACGAGAAAGCUGCAAUUAAAAAGAUGGAUAUGCAAGCAUCAAAAGAAUUCCUAGCUGAACUAAAGGUUCUGACACACGUUCAUCACUUGAAUUUGGUUCGGCUAAUUGGAUAUUGCGUCGAGGGCUCCUUAUUUUUGGUUUACGAAUACAUUGAGAAUGGAAAUUUAAGUCAACAUUUGCGCGGCACAGGGAAGGAUCCAUUAUCAUGGCCAGGUAGAGUUCAAAUUGCAUUAGACUCGGCAAGAGGACUUGAAUACAUUCAUGAGCACACAGUUCCUGUCUACAUUCAUAGAGAUGUUAAAUCAGCAAACAUUUUGAUAGACAAAAACUUUCGUGGAAAGGUUGCGGAUUUUGGUUUGACAAAAUUGACUGAAUAUGGCAGUUCCUCGUUACAAACACGCCUUGUCGGGACGUUUGGCUAUAUGCCUCCUGAAUAUGCACAAUAUGGCGAAGUUUCUCCGAAAGUUGAUGUAUAUGCUUUUGGAGUUGUUUUGUUUGAGCUUAUAUCUGGGAAGCCGGCUAUUGUGAAGACAAACGAGACCGAGAACGAGUCAAAGGGACUAGUUGCACUGUUUGAAGAAGUUAUUGUUCUGCCAGACCCAAAAGAAGAUCUUGGUAAACUUGUUGAUCCUAGGCUUGGUGAAAAUUACCCUAUCGACUCAGUGUUUAAGAUGUGUCAACUUGCGAAAGCAUGUACACAUGAAAAUCCUCAACUGAGGCCAAGCAUGAGAUCAAUUGUAGUUGCUCUAAUGACACUUUCAUCUGCAGCUGAGGAUUGGGAUGUUGGAUCAUUCUAUGAAAACCAAGCAUUAGUGCAUUUAAUGUCUGGGAGGUAGCUCAACAUUGGUAGGCAUGAAUCUUUCAUGUUUCAACUGUGAAUUUGUAAAUAAAAACAAUCAUUUUUUUGACAAACAUCAUAUAUAUCAUUUUUGUCACAUCACUACCAUAUCCUAUAUAUAUCAUUUUACCGAAAAUAUUUAUGGAUUAUUUAUAUGAUGCAUGUGAAUAUGCUUGGAAGGUAAAGUUGAUGGACAAGAUUG